GGUUUGCCUUAGCAACCAGAAGCGCGCCACUAACGACGCCAUCUUAACUAUAAACUAAGCGAACUCAAAGUUAAUUUGUUUGAAGAUAUAUAUUAUGGCAAAUUGAAAUUAAAAUCUCAUUGGGACAAAUAGUUUGAAUAUGGCUAGUAUACAGCCUCAAAGAAAAGUCACCAAGGGAAAAGGGACUAAUGACCCCAUCAAAUUUUUGCCAGUCUUACCAGACAUAAGAUCAAAGCCUGAUUGGCAAAAGGAUCCGCCACAGUUUCAUCUCUAUGGAAAAAUUGACAAAACUGCGGAAGAGGAAGAUCGAAUCGAUCUGAUCGGUGAAAUCAGUAAAUCGCCUAGGAGACGAUUCCUUGCACGAAAACCACCUUCAACAUCGGCGGCUAAUGGAGAUACUGGUGGUUCUGCGGUACCAAGCGGAGGUACUCCUCGAAGAGAUAGAGAUACUUUCAGAAAAGCUCUGGUAGAUAUUAUUAUGCAAGAUGAUGGUGCAGAGACAACUAGGACAACUGAGACGCCUAAUGGUACUGAGAAAGAUAUCCUGAGAUAUUACUAUUACAUUCACAAUGGUAUCGACACCGAACAUGUAGCGUCUAUGGACGAAAAUUGGUUAGCAAAUGUCCUAGGACUAGUUAAGGCAGAAUUGAGAAUUAAUCAUCUCGACUUGGUAGAAAAUUUGAGUGACGAGAUGAGAGAAGACUAUUUACUCUCGGUAAAGAAAGCUAUCGUUGAUUUCGUUCUUAAGGAUCCCAGAGAAAAAGAGGAUCAAGAGACGGAGAACGAAAGACUCCCUCCUCAUAGAAAAGAAUUGCUGCAAGUACCUAAACCUUGGUUUAGGAGCUAUAAGGAAGCCAGAGAUAUAGCAAGCAGUGACCUACAUGUUACUAAUCCGUGUAUGAUGCAAGUUUUACAUUUGUGGCAUGCACCAUUAAAGAAAGAUAAUGUAGACCUAACAAGACCUUUCAAAGACUUAAGAUUAGUCGACAUUGGUGAGUUUCAACAAAGAACAGAGUCCAUGGAAUUACAACUCUUUCAAUCCCUUUGUAUAAGGCAUAUUGAAUCUGCUAAAGACGCUUUACAUAAAAAAUGGCUUCCAGAAGUCCAAAAUAUUUAUUACCAAGGGAACAAAAGAAAGUUAGUUCCCAGCAAUAAAGAUUAUGAACGUUUACAAGCAUUUUUCAACUGUGCUGCUGCCCUUAUGACUCAACAAUUGCAGCAAUUAGCCCUUUCCUCUAUUUCAGAUUACACCGAUCUGCUCUGCCAACCUCCUCACUCCACAAGAGCGUUUGAACAUCCAGGUUUUGUUCUUCGUCUAAUCUUGGAAGGCACUAAGAUUGAAUAUGAGCCUAAAUUUGAGGAUUUUGAAACUGUACUUAUAAAUGUAUAUGAUGUCUUGCUAAAAGCAGUAACAAAGAUGCCCAGAGUUGAAACAAAAUUAUAUUCGGAAUGGCCAACGGAUAAACCAACGGAAUUAAAACCUAUUACUUUGGAAGAAGUUGUAAAUGGUCAUAAACAGAACGUCAGAGAUCUCAUAGCCAAAGAGUCAAUUGGACCAAUAGAACAUGCUGCAAAAUAUGAUAAAUAUUCGACUCUAAUAAAUGGUCAAGCUGACAAGGAUGUUGAAGACUUUUUAAACGGUGAUAGAGAUUUUGAUGAUUUAUCUCGAGAGGUUCGAAAAUACCAACGCCUUAGCGAUGAGAUAACAUACAAAUCGAUAAAGGUCCUUCGAUUGGGUAUGUUUGAAGUUCAUUGCGACGAAUUGAUCAGAGCAUUAGCCAAAAAGGCUGAUCAAUGCUGUAAUAAACUAUUAGCAAGAAUGUCAAAAGAUCAUCAAACUGCAAAUAAAGCUCUUUGCGAGGAAUAUGAAACUAUAGCAGAAAAAGCUCUCACAACCCCAGCCAAUACUCAUGAGCUGAUGGAGAUAAAGGCCUUUGUUGAAAAAGCAGAAAAUUUGACAAUGCAAGAGCUGCAAGAAAAAUUAAAUGCUGCUAAAAAUCGUCUUUUGUUUCUUGUUGAUUACGCUUCAUUCUCUCCGCCAGAAAUGCGAUUAAACUCCAAAACUUUCACAUGGCAUGGCAGGAUGCCAACAAUUUUUGAAGAACAUAGAGUUAUAGAGAAAGAAAAGAAACAGCAAUACGAAGAGGCUCUUAAACUAAAGAGAGAAAGGUUCAUCGAAGAGUUAGACAGCUACGGUAAACAAGUUGAAGAAUUAUCUAACCUUGGAGAAAUAUCAGAAGUCUCCAAAUAUUUGAAACGAGCUCAAGGACUGGAUGAGAAACUUCAAAAAGCUUUGGAAAAAAUCGAAGCCUUUAAUGCAGAAGAAGAGGCUUUCGGCUGGGAGAUGACCCAAUAUCCGCAACGGAUGACAACUAUCAAUACCUUAAAACCAUACUAUUCUUUGUAUGAACUGACUGUUGACUUUAACAAUAAAUAUAAAGAAUGGAUGGAUGGGCCAAUGCAUAACGUGGAUCCUGACCAAGUGGAUGCUGAUGUUGGAAACUUUUGGAGACAACUAUACAAGUUGGAAAAAGGAUUUAGUGACGCGCCCAAUCCGAAAAAAAUAGCUACAAAGACAAAAACAAAAGUUGAGGAAUUUAAGGAACAUCUUCCUCUUGUUCAAACCCUAUUUAAUCCAGGCUUGAGAGAAAGACAUUGGGACCAAAUAUCGGAGAUUGUCGGCUAUCAAUUGCGACCAGAAGAUGACAUGUGUUUAAAUAAGUUAGUUGAUAUGAGUUUGGAGAGCUACAUUCCAAAGUUUGAGAAUAUUUCCGAAGCUGCUAGUAAAGAGUUUUCUCUUGAAAAAGCAAUGGAAAAGAUGAAAAAUGAAUGGGAACCUGUCGAAUUCACCCUUAUUCCAUACAGAGAAACUGGAACAAAUAUUUUAUCGGCUGUUGAUGAUAUUCAACUGCAACUGGAUGAUCAUAUAGUCAAAACACAAACAAUGCGAGGAUCACCUUUUAUUAAGCCAUUCGAGGAUCAAAUAAAGGAGUGGGAAAGAAAAUUGGUCACUCUACAAGAUAUUUUGGACGAAUGGUUAAAGGUGCAAGCUACUUGGUUGUAUUUAGAGCCAAUCUUUUCAAGUCCUGAUAUUAUGGCUCAAAUGCCUGAAGAAGGAAGACGAUUUGCUACAGUUGACAAAAACUGGAGAGAUAUUAUGAAGCAGGCAGUAAAUGAUAAACACGUUUUAGCUGUUCUUGACAUUGAUAAGAUGUUGGAAAAGUUGAAAAAAUCAAAUGAACUCUUAGAAUUAAUUCAGAAAGGUCUUAAUGAUUAUUUGGAGAAAAAACGAUUGUAUUUUCCCCGUUUCUUCUUUUUGUCUAAUGAUGAACUUUUGGAAAUCCUAUCUGAGACUAAAGAUCCGAAACGUGUACAGCCACAUUUAAAAAAAUGUUUCGAAGGUAUUGCAACCUUGGAAUUUACUGAUGUUCUAGACAUCACUCAUAUGAAAAGUUCAGAGGGAGAGGUUGUUGAACUGAGGGAUGUAAUUAGCACCUCGAAGGCCAGAGGACAAGUAGAAAAAUGGCUUCUAGAAUUAGAGAGUGACAUGAUUUCAUCACUCCACAAGGUUAUAGGAGAAGCCAUAGACGCUUAUAAGAAGGAACCGCGAGGGGAAUGGGUAAAAUCCUGGCCUGGACAAGCUGUUCUUUGCGUCACACAAUUGUACUGGACAAAUUUUGUUCAUGAGGCCAUUAGAGCUGGAGGAAGCGCUUUAGCUGAUUAUUUGCAAUUGAAUAACAAACAGAUUGAAGAAAUUGUUACUAUGGUCAGAGGAAAAUUAAACAAGCAGAACCGAGUUAGCUUGCAGGCUCUAAUUGUACUUGAUGUUCACGCUCGGGACGUGUUGACCAAUCUUGUACAGAAGAAUAUCUCUUCAGAGAAUGAUUUUGAAUGGCUUAGUCAAAUGCGAUACUAUUGGGAAGAGAACAACAUGAUCACUAGAAUGAUCAACUCUAUGUUAAAAUAUGGAUAUGAAUACCUCGGAAAUACAGGACGACUUGUUAUUACGCCAUUGACGGACAGGUGCUACAGAACCCUUUUCGGAGCUCUGCACUUACAUUUAGGAGGAGCUCCUGAAGGUCCUGCUGGAACCGGUAAAACUGAAACAACAAAAGAUUUAGCUAAAGCUGUUGCUAAACAAUGUGUUGUAUUUAACUGCUCUGAUGGUUUGGAUUAUAUUGCUUUGGGAAAAUUCUUCAAAGGCUUGGCAUCUUGCGGAGCGUGGUCUUGCUUUGAUGAAUUCAAUAGAAUUGAUCUUGAAGUAUUGUCUGUUGUCGCUCAACAGAUUCUUACAAUUCAAAGAGGAAUAUUAUCCGGCUCAGAAACGUUGGUAUUUGAAGGAACAGAAAUCAAAUUGGAUCCUACUUGCUCUGUUUUUAUUACUAUGAACCCUGGUUAUGCAGGAAGAUCAGAGUUGCCUGAUAACUUAAAAGCUCUCUUUAGAACUGUCGCUAUGAUGGUACCCGACUAUGCUAUGAUCGCUGAAAUCGUUCUUUAUUCGUGCGGUUUCUUUAAUGCUCGCCCACUAGCCGUAAAAAUUGUAGCUACAUAUCGAUUAUGCUCCGAACAAUUGUCCUCUCAACACCAUUAUGAUUACGGAAUGAGAGCUGUCAAAUCUGUAUUAACAGCGGCAGGUAAUCUAAAAUUAAAAUAUCCGGAUCAAGACGAAGAUAUAUUGAUGUUGAGAUCUAUUAUCGAUGUAAAUUUACCCAAAUUUUUGAAUCACGAUUUACCGCUUUUCCACGGUAUUGCAUCCGAUUUAUUUCCUGGAGUUAAGCUCCCUGAACCUGACUACGAAAUAUUAAAUGAUGCUGUUGAAGAAAAUUGUAAAAAAAUGAACUUACAAUGUACUCCUUUCUUCUUAGAAAAAAUUCAGCAAAUUUAUGAAAUGAUGAUUGUCAGACACGGUUUUAUGAUCGUUGGUGAACCAUUUGGUGGCAAAACCAGUGCUUAUAGAGUAUUAGCUGGAGCAUUAAAAGAUAUUCAUGAAAAGGGUCUAAUGGAAGAAAACAAGGUUCAGUAUACAGUUAUAAACCCUAAAGCUAUCACAAUGGGACAACUAUAUGGUCAAUUUGACCCUGUAAGUCACGAAUGGUCGGAUGGAGUCCUCGCUGUUUCCUACAGAUCCUUUGCUCAAUCAACCACCCCAGAUCGAAAAUGGUUAAUUUUUGAUGGUCCUGUAGACGCUAUUUGGAUUGAAAACAUGAAUACUGUUUUGGACGAUAACAAAAAAUUGUGCUUGAUGAGUGGUGAAAUUAUCCAAUUGGCAAAUACAACAAAUCUCAUGUUUGAACCUAUGGAUUUAGAGGCGGCUAGCCCUGCAACAGUUUCAAGAUGCGGUAUGAUUUAUAUGGAACCCUUGUCAUUAGGAUGGCGACCUUUGGUCAAAUCUUGGAUGGUUACACUUCCGAAGAGUUUAACUGAACUGCAUAAAAAGCUCUUAAAUGAGAUGUUUGAAAGAUUUGUAGAUCCUUGUUUGGCUUGCGCAAGGAAGAAGGUUAAAGAAUUAUCGCCAACAACUGAUAGUAAUCUUGUUAAUUCUUUAAUGAAUUUAAUCGAUUGUCAACUGGAUGAAUUCCAAGACGAAGCAUGCAUCCAGAAUAUGGAAGAAAGAGAAGUGUGUGCUUGGCUGGAGUGUAUUUUCAUUUUCUCCCUUACUUGGUCAAUCGGUGGAAGUUGUACUCAGCAGGGAAGGGAAAUGUUUAACCUUCUCAUCCGAGAAUUGUUUGCCACUUACGAAAGUUCCUGGCCGGAAAUGAGAAAAAAUUUACUAAAAGAAUUAGCGUACUUUGUCAACUUAGAGGUUGAUUUAGACGCUGAGAAAGAAAUCGGUGGAAUGACUGAGGAAACUAGAACAAAACUUAAUUUAUUGGAACUUACUGCUGGACCCAAUAAACCUUAUAUCACCCCUCUUCCGAAAGAAGGUUCUAUCUAUGAUUACAGAUUUGCUAAACAGAUUGAAAAAGAUGAAAUUGAGGACGAUUUUGGAAAGAAAUAUUAUAUGACAAAGGGGUUAGGAAAAUGGAUACCUUGGGCUGAAGCUAUUAAAGAUGCGCCUCCAAUACCUAAAGAUGCUUUAUUCAAUGAAAUUAUCGUUCCUACAGUUGAUACUGUACGAUAUGAAGCAAUAAUGAGAUUAUUAGUAACUCAUUCGAAGCCUUGCCUAUUUGUUGGACCAACAGGAACUGGAAAGAGUGUAUACAUAAUUGACUUUUUACUGCAAAAACUAGAAAAGGAAGUUUACAAACCGAAUAUUGUUAACUUUUCCGCUCAAACAUCGGCCAAUCAGACUCAGAAUAUCGUUAUGAGUAAAUUGGACAAGAGAAGGAAAGGAGUAUUCGGCCCUCCUCUUGGAAAGAAGGCUGUGGUUUUUGUAGACGAUUUAAAUAUGCCUGUCAGAGAGCAAUACGGUGCCCAACCACCAAUUGAAUUACUUCGACAAUGGUUAGAUCAUUGGAACUGGUAUGACCUUAAAGAUGUUACGCCUAUAAAACUAGUGGACCUACAGUUUAUCGGCGCUAUGGGUCCUCCGGGAGGAGGUAGAAAUCCAAUUACUCCUCGAUUCCUUCGUCACUUGAACACGGUUACCAUUAACGAAUUUGAUGACUCCAGUAUGUUAUCAAUUUUUAGAGCAAUUCUUGAUUGGCACUUAAUGGUUAAAGGAUUUGCUGGAGAUUUCGUACCCUGCAUUGAUCAAGUUGUUAACGGAACUUUAAAAAUGUAUAAAGGAGCUAUGGAUAACUUGUUGCCAACUCCUGCCAAGAGCCAUUACUUAUUCAAUCUGCGAGAUUUUGCUAGGGUCAUCCAAGGAGUUCUAUUAUCGGCUCCAGAAACUCUUGAAGAACCCAAAGCUAUGAAGAGACUUUGGGUUCAUGAAGUUUUCAGAGUUUUUUACGAUCGUCUAGUAUUUGACAGUGACAGAUCGUGGUUAUUCAAUUACAUAAAAGAAAUAAUUUCUACUGAGUUGAAAGAAGACUUUGACGACCUAUUUAUUACUCUUGAUCAAGAUUCAGACGGAAAAGUUACGGAAGAUGAUCUUAGAUCUCUAAUUUAUUGUGAUUUUGCUGAUCCGAAGAGUGAUGCAAAUAAUUAUGUAGAAGUAAAAGAUGUCGACCAAUUACGUCAUAUUGUGGAGCAAUAUUUGGACGAAUUCAAUAAUAUGUCAAGGAAGCCUAUGAAUUUAGUUAUGUUUCGCUUCGCUAUUGAGCAUGUCUCUAGAAUUAGCAGAGUGAUCAAGCAGCCUAGGUCCCAUGCACUUCUUGUUGGAGUUGGUGGUUCAGGAAGACAAUCUUUAACCAGACUAGCUGCUCAUAUGGCUGAUUAUGAUAUCUUCCAAGUCGAAAUCAGCAAGAGUUAUACAAUGACUGAAUGGCGAGAAGAUUUGAAGAGAAUUCUAAGAAAAUCAACUGAAACAGACCAGCAUGCUGUAUUCUUGUUUUCCGAUACACAAAUUAAACAAGAGUCUUUCCUUGAAGAUAUAAAUAACUUAUUAAAUGCUGGUGAAGUUCCCAACUUAUUUCCACUGGACGAAAAACAAGAAAUCUGUGAUAAAAUGAGACAAAUUGAUAAACAAAGAGAUAAGACCAAACAAACCGAUGGAACGCCUGUUGCUUUAUUCAACAUGUUCAUUCAAAGAGUCAGAGAUCAACUUCAUGUUGUUUUGGCUAUGUCACCUAUUGGAGACGCUUUUAGAAAUCGUCUGCGAAAAUUUCCCUCUCUUGUGAAUUGUUGCACAAUUGAUUGGUUCCAAUCUUGGCCUGAAGAUGCUCUGACAGCAGUAGCUACAAGAUUCCUUGAUGACAUCGAAAUGUCGGAAGAGGUACGGGAAGGGUGCAUCACAAUGUGUAAAAAAUUCCAUACGUCAACUCGAGUUUUAUCCGAGAGAUUCUUUAAUGAAUUAGAAAGACACAACUACGUUACGCCUACAUCAUAUCUGGAGUUAAUCUCCACAUUUAAGACCCUAUUGGACAAAAAAAGACAUGAAGUCAGCCAAGCUCGACGAAGAUACCAAGUAGGAUUAGAAAAGCUAGCAUCAGCUGCAAGUCAAGUUUCGGUAAUGAAACAAGAAUUGAAAAAACUUCAACCUCAACUCAAGAAUGCAUCCGAGGAAGUAGACGUAGCAAUGGUAAAAGUAGAGAAAGAAAGUAUUGAAGUUGCCAAAGUUGAAAAAGUUGUCAAAGCUGAAGAGGCAGUUGCAAAUGAACAGGCCGGGACGGCUCAGAGCAUCAAAGAUGAAUGUGAUGCUGAUUUAGCAGAAGCAAUGCCUAUCUUAAACUCAGCUAUUCAGGCCUUGAACACUCUUACCUCUCAGGAUAUUGGAGUUGUAAGAAAUUUUGUGGCUCCUCCGGCACUGGUAAGAUUAGUUCUAGAAGCAGUGUGUAUUCUCAAGGCAAUAAAACCAGAGAGAGUUCCUGAUCCUGCAGGAACAGGUAAGAAAAUUGAAGAUUACUGGGGUCCAUCCAAGAGAAUGAUGGGUGAUAUGAAGUUUUUGGAAAGUUUAAUCAAUUUUGAUAAAGAUAAUAUUCCCGUAUCUAUUAUGAAAACGAUUAGAUCUAAAUAUUCGAGCAAUCCUAGUUUUGAUCCAGAAAAGAUUAAAGUUGCUUCAACAGCCGCCGAAGGCUUGGCUCGAUGGGUUUUAGCCAUCGAAAAGUAUGACAAAGUAGCCAAAGUUGUUGCACCUAAGAAAGAAGCUCUCAAGCAGGCUGAAGGCGAGCUAGCUGUCGCUAUGGGAUCGCUUAAUAAGAAACGAGCUGCUUUGAAAGAAGUUCAAGAUAAACUGGCAAAACUUCAAGAAGAGCUGGAAGCUAAUAAGCAGAAGAAAGUCGAUUUAGAGAACCAAGUAGAGCUUGUCGAGAAGAAGUUAGAGAGAGCUGAACAACUCAUUGGCGGACUUGGUGGAGAAAAGGAAAGAUGGUCUCAAGCUGCCUCAGACCUUGGCCUAAAAUAUGAAAACCUAACUGGCGAUGUUUUGGUGUCUUCAGGUGUUAUUGCUUAUCUCGGAGCGUUUACUUCGGCAUUCAGGCAAGACCAAGUGAAUGAAUGGAUUGAGACAGUUAAGGAAAAACAAAUACCUUGUUCAGCAGAAUUUUCCUUAGCAGCAACAUUAGGAAAUCCAGUUGAGAUUAGAAAAUGGAACAUUGAUGGUCUACCAACUGAUUUAUUCUCAGUAGAUAAUGGAAUAAUUAUUUCAAAUGCUCGAAGAUGGCCUUUGAUGAUAGAUCCACAAGGCCAAGCAAACAAAUGGGUAAAAAAUAUGGAAAGAACAAAUAAUUUACACGUAAUAAAGCUGUCAGAUUCUGAUUUCGUGAGAACUUUGGAAAAUUGCAUACAAUUUGGUACUCCUGUUUUGAUGGAAAACAUUGGCGAAGAAAUUGAUCCUAUUUUAGAACCUCUUUUACUUAAACAAACCUUUAAACAAGGUGGAUCUAUCUGUAUAAAAUUGGGAGACUCGGUCAUUGAAUAUUCACAUGAUUUCCGUUUCUAUAUGACAACUAAACUUAGAAAUCCUCAUUAUCUACCCGAAACUGCUGUGAAAGUAACAUUGUUAAAUUUCAUGAUAACUCCAGAAGGUCUUCAAGAUCAAUUACUGGGUAUUGUGGUAGCGAAAGAAAGACCUGAACUCGAAGAGGAGAAAAAUCAACUAAUUGUUCAAUCAGCAGAAAAUAAGAGACAGCUUAAAGAAAUUGAAGAUAGAAUUUUACAAGUUCUAUCUGCAUCAGAAGGAAACAUUUUGGAAGAUGAAACUGCUAUUAAAGUACUUUCCUCGUCCAAGGUGCUAGCUAACGAAAUUAGCGAGAAACAAGCAAUCGCCGAAGAAACGGAGAAGAAGAUUGAUUCUACCAGAUUGGGAUACACACCUAUUGCGGUACAUUCAACUAUCUUAUUCUUCUCAAUUGCUGAUUUGGCAAACAUCGAUCCUAUGUAUCAAUAUUCCUUAACGUGGUUUAUCAAUCUCUUUAUAAUGUCAAUUGAAAACGCGGAAAAGUCAGAUGAUUUGGAAAAGCGUUUAUCAAAUUUGAAAGAUCACUUUACAUAUUCCUUAUACUCUAAUGUUUGCCGUUCCUUAUUUGAAAAAGACAAACUAUUAUUCUCUUUCUUACUUUGUGUCAAUAUUUUAAAACACGACAAAUUGGUUGAUGAAGAAGAAUGGCGCUUCUUACUUACAGGCGGAAUCGGUUUGGAGAAUCCUCAUACAAACCCAACAGCAUGGUUACCCUCCACGGGUUGGGAUGAAAUUUGCAGACUGGAUGAUUUGAGCAAGUUCAAAACUAUUCGCCACAAAUUUAUCACUUAUAAAGAUGACUGGAAGGGUUUCUAUGAUAGUGUCGAUCCCCAGAAUCAUGAUCUUCCUGGUGAAUUUCAAGAGAAAUUAGGAAAAUUUCAGAAAAUGUUAGUUUUGCGCUGUCUGCGACCAGACAAAAUUGUACCUGCAGUUCAGGAUUUUGUAACAAGUAACAUUGGUAAAAAAUACAUUGAACCACCUCCCUUUGAUUUGCCGAAGUCUUACAAUGAUUCUACAUGUAUUAGUCCUCUACUAUUUGUACUGUCUCCGGGAGCUGAUCCUGUAAAUGCUCUGCUAAAGUUCGCUGACGAUAUGGGUUUCGGUGGCGCAAAGUUUGAUUCAUUAUCACUUGGCCAAGGUCAGGGACCAAUCGCUCUCAAAAUGAUAGAAAAAGGUACAAAAGAAGGUACAUGGGUUGUUCUGCAAAAUUGUCAUCUUGCCGCUAGCUGGAUGCCAACCUUGGAAAAAGUGUGUGAAGAAUUAUCGGCAGAUAGAACUCACCCUGAUUUCAGGUUGUGGCUGACAUCAUACCCUUCCGAACAGUUUCCCGUUUCAAUAUUGCAAAAUGGUGUAAAAAUGACAAACGAACCACCGAAAGGACUAAGAUUUAAUAUCGUUAGAUCGUAUUUGAGCGAUCCCAUUUCCGAUCCAGAAUUCUUUAGUACCUGUACCCAACAAUCUGCUUGGAAGAGAAUGUUAUACGGCUUAUGCUUCUUUCAUGCUCUCAUUCAAGAAAGAAGAAAGUUUGGACCUCUUGGCUGGAAUAUACCAUACGAAUACAAUGAAACAGAUUUAAGAAUUAGUGUUCAACAGUUGCACAUGUUUUUAAAUCAAUACGACGAUGUGCAGUAUGAUGCAUUAAGAUAUCUAACGGGAGAAUGUAAUUACGGUGGUCGUGUUACUGACGAUUGGGAUAGAAGAACUUUACUAACUUUACUUAAAAAAUUCUAUACUAUCGACCUUGUAGAGAAAGAGAAAUAUUGCUUCGACAAUUCAGGUCUAUAUUAUGUUCCAGCAGAUGGAGACUAUGAUAGCUACAUAGAAUAUACAAAGACACUUCCCUUGAACCCUUCGCCUGAAGUAUUUGGGAUGCACGGCAAUGCAGAUAUUACAAAGGAUCAAAAUGAAACAAGACUAUUAUUUGAUAAUAUCUUAUUAACACAGGCUAAAGCUUCAAGCAGUUCUGGCGGCAAGAGUACUGAUGAAGUUGUGGAUGAAGUUGCUGAGGAUAUACUGAAGAAACUUCCCAAGGAUUUCGAUACAGAGUCAGCUUUGAGAAAGUUCCCUACAUCUUAUAAACAGUCAAUGAAUACUGUUCUUGUUCAAGAAAUGGUUAGAUUUAAUAAGCUCCUCUCAACAAUCCGCUCGUCUCUUCAAAACGUUCGAAAAGCCAUAAAGGGUCUAGUUGUCAUGUCCUCCGAUUUGGAAGAAGUAGUCCUUUCAGUUUUGAAAGGUAGAAUUCCUGGAAUGUGGAUGAAGAAAUCUUAUCCAUCUCUGAAACCUCUUGGAUCAUACGUAAACGACUUUUUAGCCAGGCUUCAAUUUUUACAAGAUUGGUAUGAUAAUAACGCUCCCCCAGUUUUCUGGGUUUCUGGCUUUUUCUUUACACAAGCAUUCUUGACUGGCGUCCAGCAGAAUUUUGCUCGAAAAUACACUAUCCCUAUAGAUUUACUAGGCUUUGAUUACGAUGUAUUGGAUGAUAAAGAUUAUAAAACAGCUCCCGAAGACGGAGCCUACAUUAAAGGACUUUUUGUUGACGGAGCAAGAUGGGAUAGAAUAACAAAGAAAUUAAAUGAAAGUCAUCCAAAGGUGCUUUGGGAUACAAUGCCGACUAUACAUAUCAUCCCAGCGAAACGUUCGGAUAUACCAGAACGUCCAAGUUAUAAAUGUCCUGUUUACAAAACAAGUGAAAGAAGAGGAGUGUUAUCGACAACUGGUCAUUCUACCAACUUUGUUAUAGGAAUGAUGAUACCAUCUGAUAAACCACCUGAGCAUUGGAUUGGACGUGGCGUCGCUUUAUUAUGUCAAUUGGACAAUUAA